AUAACCGACCUCGACCUUGAGCUGUCCAGCCACCCUUAGGAACAUUCGCUGCAGUUGGCUCGCUACUUCGGCUCUGUUCCUCGUUUGAUGUCUUCAAACGGAUUUUGUCCCGGAAAAUUUCUUCCAGUUCCUCCUCUUCCAGACUACAUUACUGUGGUCACUCAUUUAAAUUGCUAGCUACAACAGCGGGUUUCCAAAAAUAAUGCCAUAUUCUUCAGAAUAUGAUAUUCAAUGGCCUCCAAAUAGGUCUGACGUUUUCGUCGUUGUUUGGAAACACUAUGUUUACUUGUUCCGACUGGAACAAGCUUCAUCUGCACCAGUGGAUUCAAACAGUUUUAUUAUUGGUUCAAAGCUCAGAUUUCUGAUUUCCGUUCUGAAUGUUUGGAGUAACAAUGUAUCCCCACAAGUUUUAGUGUGUAGCUUGGGUAUCCAGUAGCAAUAAACCAAACCUUGACGUAGUCCCAAAUCAUCUGAUUGCAAUCACCCACAAUGUUGGGUGUGUCAAACUCAUGGGGCUCCCCAAUUGUGAUAUUGAGGAAGACAGAUUCGGUUUACAAAAUAAAGAACUAACACCUAGAUUUUCCAGAAACACUACUUUUCUUGUUUGGAACCCUUGGAAACGUAACUUGCUAGCCCAGGGUUUUGACAGACCUCGAAACAGCAGAGAACCUUCUGUACUGAUAUGGGAUGUGACGAAAUACACUGGGUCGCGGCAUCCCAACGUGAAGUCUACAGAUCGAGGUUCAGUUUGUGCUAAUGACCUCCAUACACAUACAUAUUCACUCCCAUUUGCAAUAAAUGGUUCAGAUUAUAGUGCACCAGAUACUCAAGCUACGUCAUCACUUGUUUCGGUAUAUUCCUCAGUUUCGGAAAAAGAAUGGAUAUCUAAUACAACUACAUGUGAUAAACCUUUGUGUGAUUUAGGCAUUCAAGAUACUGCAUCAUUUGCGUGGCUUUCUAAAAGUUCAUUUAUUGCUGGCAUGUCAGGAACCUACCUGAAAGUGUUUGACUUAUCUGAUCCAUCAAAAGUUUGUCAAAUUACUACAACUAGGGCAGUCUAUGGUUUGACAGUUGAUCCCUUAUGCAGUAAACGUUUCGCUUCAUUCUGUGAGCGUCAGGUUUCAUUAUGGAGAUUGGAUAAUUUAGAAAAGCCUGUUUAUACAUUUAUGGAGUCUGAUGAUGUUCUACAAAUCAAGUGGAGUCCUUUAAGAGAAGCUUGGCUAGGAGUUCUGGUAACAGAUUCUUGUACAGUUAAAUUGUACGACACAUACCCUGUGUUUUGUCAGUCUAUAGAAGAACCUGAACAGAUUCCGCUAGAAAGAUUACUAUUUCCGUCCAGUCGAUCAAAUGUUAACCUGGUGGCAUUCAGUUGGCAUCCAUCAAAUGUAAACUGUCUACUAACUUUGAAUCGUGAUGGCUGUUUAAAUGUAGCUCAACUUGUUGAACGUCCAGCCAUUGGAUGGUCAGCUAAUCAAACGUUAGUAUGGUCAUAUACUCGUGAUUGGACUGCAUUCAAUUUAACAGGAAUUGUUAGCAGUAAUCUACAAACACUAAUGGAAUUUUUACAUGCAGUUAAUGAAAAUAAACGAUCAGAGAAUUCUGUUAAUAAUGGUAAUACUACAUAUAGUCUCUCAAAUGCACAAUAUCUUGCAAAUUGUCAGAUUAUUAAAAACAAAGAUUAUCAUAAUGAUAAUAUUAAUGGUAAUAAGUAUUGCCAUGAAAAACAAACAGCACUUCUUGUUCACUUGAAGCGUUGCAUGGAGUUGGAUAUUGCAGUCGUUAUGCGAAAACGUGCUGAACUAGGCUAUGGACUCGAUAUUACGGGUGCCACUUAUGUUGAGAUUGUCAAAGACGAUGUACAACUUCGAACAAUGUGGACAUGGAUAAAAUACAUUAAUGAUUACAUGGACGACCCAUUGAUUCGACGGCAUUUGGAUGUGGAUUCAUCACAGUCAAACUAUACAUCAAAUCAGAGAAAUGGUAGUGAUAACAUUCCUUCGAAACGUCGUGUACCUUUCAGAGGUUCAGGUGUGAUUUCACUUUUAUGCGACAAUUUGUCAUCAUCUGGUACUAAAUUAACAAGUGAAGUUUUAAUGCAUGUUGAAUGGCAAGGAAUAGAUGUGAAAUUACCAUUUUCGCGAUAUCGGAGUCCCGAACGAUCACGUGUUUUACGUUUUUGUAUGUGGCCACUUGAUGAUACAGACGUUGUUCAGCGUCCUGUAUUCGAAAGUUUAUGCUCUGAAGGACAAUAUGAACGAGCAGCUGCAAUGGCUUUAAUUAAUUUGAAAUUUGAUUGGGCGUUAAGUUUUCUAAAUCGAGCUUCAUCAGAUGCCGAUAUCGAUCUAGUCGCAUUGGCUUUAGCUGGUUACACAGAUACAAGAAAUGAAUUAUGGCGAACAACAUGUGCCAACUUGAUAAAACACUUGCAAAACCCUUACUUACGUGUUAUGUUUGUAUUCUUAAGUCGUCAAGGUGGUGAUUUUCAAUCAAUAUUGAAUGACGAUGCCCUAUGUCUUAUUGACCGAGUCGCAUGUGCCUGUUUAUAUCUAAACGAUGAUGAUCUUCUUGUCUUCUUACGUUCAACUUGUAAUUCUAUGGUUCAACGUGGACAGUUAGAGUCGAUUCUACUAACUGGUCUCUGUUCAAAUGAUUUUAUUAACCUAAUACAAAACUAUGUUGAUACAACUGGUGAUGUUCAAUCGGCUGCAAUUGUUGGUUUACACGCUUGUCAGUUAUCAUUAAAUGAUAACUAUUCAAUGGUAAACAACGAAAAACGAACUGAUAUGAACGAUAAUAAUAAUGUGAAUAAUUCACGUCAUGUACAAAUUGUGUUAAAUGGUGUACGGUCAUCAACUGUUGAUAAGAAAUUGUCCAUACCUUUAGGAGGAGGAGGAUAUGCAGGCCGUGGUUAUUCGUCUGGGGCGGGUACUAGUGAUCAACAACCUAUGAUUAUUAAACUUGGUGGGCUUAAAAUAGCUAAUUGGGUUCAAUGCUACCGUGACCUAUUAGAUCAGUGGCAAAUGUGGUUCUAUCGAGCUGACUUUGAUAUCACAUAUAAAUCACGUCUUUUAUCCGAUUAUUUAUAUCCCAGCACUUCUCGAACUCAAAUGUCUAGUUCAUUGUGGAUAUCAUCAAAGAGUGUUGAAGCAGAUAUGCCCACUACUAGUACUGUUUCUGGUGCUGGUAGUAGUACUACUACCAAUAGUAUUGUUACUACUGUUUCUACAAACAACACUAAUUCUUCAUCAUAUAGUAGUAAAGUUCGAAAUUUUGGAUUUAUCGCUGGUGCUAAUCAAGUAUUUGUUGCUUGCGGUUUCUGUGGUUGGCGUUUAGAACCUCAAAGUAACAAAUUAAACGUGUUCAAUAUUAGUGGUGCUGGCAGUGGUGGUAGUAAUACUAGUAAUACCAUGAACAGUUCAUCCAUUAUUGAUACACCAUGUUCACCAACGCCCACGACAACAACAUCAACAAAUUUACAAAUGCAUGGAGGUGGUGGUAAAUUGACAAUCUGUCAGCAUUGUCGUAAACCAUUACCUAGAUGUUCAAUAUGUUUGAUGCAUUUAGGCACAUCGAUUCCAUUAAAUGAAUACAUGUCUGUUACCAAUGCUAUAAAAUCGGCUGAAUCAAUGUUUCAACAAACAGGAUUGAAAUCAACUGGUAAAUUAUCUGUUGAUUUCAUGAAUGCUAUGCAAAUCAAUACCACGAGUUCGUCCAUACCCCUGUCGGAGAACAAUGCUAUAAAUAAAAGUAAUCAAAAAAAUCUAUAUUCGUGAGUAAACGUCUUUCUUUUUUUUCUGAAGUUCAAUUUUCCAUCCUGAUUCAUGAGUUUUCGUCUUAAGAUAUGUACGUAGUCAAAUGUUAAUGAUUUGAAUUGUAAUUGAAAAAGAAUAGUACUAAAUCUUGGUCAUCCUAUUUCUUAUAGCUCAACUUACAUGAGGGAAUUCCACUUAAAAAGAUUAGUAAAGAAUAGUCAUGUUUUCCAUGAGCAAAUAUUCAGUAUAUACUACUUUUUCGACUUUAAUUUUGUCUAAUACUAAAGUGAACGAGAACACAAAUGGGGACAACCGCAUGUAUUUAAAUACACAAUUACAGAACAUCUUAGUAAAAUCUGAAAACCAUACAAUGAAUACUUCAUUUGCAAAAUGUCACCCAAUCGUCUUAGACUUCACUGUUCUUCCUCUACCGUGGCAGUCGUUCUUCGUUCUUCUGCCUCCAGGCAUUGUACUUUCGACUGAUGAUACAUACUACUUAUAUCUGUCGACAUCAGUAGCACACACCACAAUACCUUUGACUAGGUCCUCAGUUGACUUCCUCCAACAAUGCCCCGUUUGCGGUUUCCCACCUUCUGUUUGAAAUUGAGAUGGUUUGUGAGUUCUCUGGUUCCUAAAAUUUACCUCAUUGUGUCUAGACUCGUCCAGUUUAGGUAGAAGAGAUUAUUACGACAGUAUUCUUUGCUCUGAGGUUGUUCUCAUAAAUUAUCCAACUUCUCAUCCCAUCAUUUAAGUAACAUUUUAUUUUACUCUUUAGUAUUUUACAUUAUUCUUACUGUUUAAAUUGUUCGCUUUUUGAAAAAAAAAUUAGAUCACCUGAAAAAUCUUCAUCAAUCCCAAAUUCCAUACCGAUAGCUGAUUGGUUUGUUUGGUGUCAAGCUUGUAGACAUGGUGGUCAUGCUAGUCAUUUGACAGAUUGGUUUUAUGGAGAUUCGUUUGAUUUAGGAGAUAAUGGUUAUUCGAAAGAAUGUCCGGUCAGUGGAUGUCAAUGUCAUUGCGCUGCACUGGAUGUUAACCAAACACUUUCUCGACUAAAUUAUUGUCGUUCAUCUAUAAAUAGUCGUAGUCCAGAUUCAGAAGAAUCUAGUUCACUUGUUGAUAACGAACCAAUUGGAUGAUAAAUUGAAUUUUAGUACAGCACUUAAUCUCUGAUUUUUUCAGUGUUUUAUUGCUUGUAAAACUGUUCAUAAUUACUACCUCGAUUAUUCACAUUUACUUAUAUUCUUUAUUAUUUGCAAUGUACAUAACGAAUUCUCAGUUAUUUUGAUUCUGAUAAUUUUAAGGAGUUCUUUUUUUAAAUAUACCUCUAUUUUUCUAACC